ACACACACACACACACACACGCAUACUCAUGCGCAUCCUACUGUCAUGAUCAUGGCCACUCUUACUAAAGCUUUAAAACCAAUCUUGGGAAGGCAAUUGGGAAAUGCACCAAAGGUCUUUGGCGCAGCAGUCAGCAAUCAAAGAGGAAAACCUACAUACACAGGACAAAUCAUACCUCCUCCUGCCAAGUAUGGAGGCCGGCAUACUGUAACAUUGAUUCCUGGAGAUGGAAUAGGACCUGAGCUGCUUGGCCAUGUGCGGGAACUCUUCAGAUUCAGCUGUGUUCCUGUGGACUUUGAGGUGGUGAAUGUAAAUUCUUCAUUAACCAGUGAGGACGACAUAAAAAAUGCCAUUAUGGCCAUUCGCCGCAAUGGAGUUGCUCUUAAGGGUAACAUAGAGACUAACCACAUAAUGCCCCCUAACCACAAGUCAAGGAACAAUCUUCUACGCACAAGUCUAGAUCUGUAUGCCAAUGUGAUGCACUGCCAGUCACUUCCUGGAGUCCAGACGCGCCACAAAAACAUCGACAUCAUCAUCAUUAGAGAGAACACAGAGGGCGAGUACAGCAGUCUGGAGCAUGAGAGUGUUUCAGGAGUUGUAGAGUGUCUGAAAAUCAUCACGAGGACCAACUCCCUCCGCAUCGCUGACUAUGCCUUCAAACUGGCCCGAGAGAAAGGUCGCCGCAGGGUCACGGCUGUCCACAAGGCUAACAUCAUGAAACUGGGGGAUGGGCUGUUCUUGCAGUGCUGUAAGGAGGUGGCCUCUGGUUACCCAGACAUUGAGUUUGAUAGCAUGAUUGUAGACAACACCACCAUGCAGCUUGUUUCUAAGCCCCAACAGUUUGAUGUUAUGGUGAUGCCUAAUCUCUAUGGCAAUGUAGUCAGCAAUGUGUGUGCGGGGCUGGUGGGUGGACCCGGUCUGGUGCCUGGUGCCAACUACGGACGAGACUAUGCUGUGUUUGAAACGGCCACCAGGAAUACAGGAAAGAGCAUUGCCAACAGGAACAUCGCCAACCCCACUGCCAUGCUGCUUGCCAGCUGCCUCAUGUUAGAUCAUCUCAAGCUUUAUGACUAUGCCACCAUGAUCCGAGGUGCAAUUCUCACCACUAUGAACAAGACCAGGUUACACACAGUUGACAUUGGGGGGCAGGGCACAACUUCAGAAGUGGUUCAGUCUAUCAUGAGAAACAUCGAGAGUGGUGGUCCCCUCACAACCGAUAUCUAAGCUCUGGCAGCAUCACUCCACAUCUGUUUGAUGCAUCAGCUUCGUAAGGACAUCCGUCACAUGAACUUCAGUCCAAAGAUUCAUUUAAAAUGCAGCAUUGUACAUUUGGUGUUUCUUGGGCAUAGUGGUCUUUCCUUGGGAACGGUAGAGCUUUCAGAUGUAUCAUAUUGUUUAAAUGCUAUGCUAACGCAGUAUUUAUGAGGUUCUUGAAUUGGGGUUUCUGUUUCUGCUGCUCAAUUGCAUUCCAAAUUUGAUCAGUUCUUAACACGUUAUUCUAAAACACAGUGUAUUCAUUUUGGGUUUACUUUAAUGAGCCUGAAUAAUAUGAACAAACCUCCAACUGUCCAUUUCAUACUUGUAUAAACUACUGCAUUUUACUUUUCUAGCAGCUUACAGUGUUGGGUGUUUAAAUGGACUUCAUGCUCUGGUAUGAUAUUUUUUCAUUAGACUAGUAUUAUUUAAGCUUAAUGUUGGUUUACUGUUGCAUCAUUUAGUUCAGACCUUUAUGUUAAUUUAAGUUCUUGAUAUGCAGUGGUUAAUUGUAUUAUUGAUCUGUCAUACUGUCAUCUUAUGAGUUAAACAUGCACAUUUUACAUCAAACAUGCAAGUUGUCAUGCCAAGCCUUUUUGACUCCAAGGCUGUCCACAACUUUUUUUAAAUUAGUUUUUACUUGUAAGUUCUACCUGAUAAAAUAUAUCAGAGCUUGACAUUACUAUAUACUGCUAAUUAUUAAAAAAUUUAAUUGAAAUAACUCUCUCUGAGUCACCCAGUCCCCAUGAGUGAGAAACACUGCUGUAAGAGUUAAAAAAAACUGUACUGUCUCACAAAUCAUUAAUGGCUCAAAGGUAAUCCAAUGACAUAAUGAAUAAAAUGGUUGUCCUCUUUAAAAUGUCUUGUUUAGUGUAGAUCACUGACUACUUAAAGACUGAGAAAUAUACAUUUGCACAUUUUUGUUUUUCACAUCUGACAUGACAAACAAGACAAGUGUUAGCUAUGGGAUGUAUUCAAGAUGUGUUGUGUUAAGGCUUUCAGGAGCCGGAGAGUUUGGCAGACAGUACACUUGCAGUUCCAUUAAAGCAAACACUGUCCAAGUGAACAAUAGUGGCAAGAAAACAUCAACUUUCCAGUCGAAGAAUUAUAUCUUUUUGGGGCUAUUGCCGAAUGUUCUGUAUUUUGAACCAAGAAAAAAAAGAAACAUGUUUUCCUGCAGACAUCGUUAUUUACAGGCCAACAUACUGACUAAAGGAUUGAUGCAUCAAGUGUGAGUCUGGGCACUAGAGGGCAACAAAUCAUAGAUAAAUGUAUCUUUUUGGAAACAGCUUUGUGCAUAACCAAUAAAGUCAGUUCAAAUUGAUUCUUAGCCACAAAACCGCAUGUGUUCUUUUCCAAAUAAUCCGACAAGAUGACAUGAAAAUCUUUUGAUUGUUUACAGCUGGACCUCUCUGUGUGGAAAAAAAAAUAUCAUGAUGUUCUGAGCUGGAAACCCAAGGGAAUAUUAUAAAAAAAAAUUAUAUUAUGAAUCUUAGAAAUUUAAUUUCCAGUGACAUGCGUCAGAAAAAAAACCAGCCAUUCCCACUGCCGUUCAACAGCCUUUGCAAUCGCUAACAAAAUACAGCAGCUGGGGAAAAUAUGUGGAAUGUUAUUUGUAGUACAUUAUACAAGUCUUUGAACAAAUAUUGGGGUUAAAUAUCAUGUAGCCCUGUACAAAGUGUUUUUAACGAGAGCCAAAACGAGUGAGAUGGCUUGUAAAAAUCUGUGAAUACUAGAACAUGCAGUCUGAUGAAGGUGAUGUCUUGGAGAAAGUCUUGAGAAUUAACCAUUGCUGUACUGCAGUGCAUGAUCUGAACUCAAUCAGUCAAUGCUGAAUAUUUCAUGUUAACAUAUUUAUUUGUUGAAUAGUUGUGUAAUAAGCAGGAUUAUGGACAAUAGCCAGUCAAUAUAGCAAAAUAAAGGUAGUUUGACCCAGUCCCAA